GUCAGCGCCGCCCUCUGCAGCCCGCAGCAGCUCCACGUCAGGCAGCGGCUCACUACAGGAAAUUUAAACACAGAGUCGUUCACAACACAGACACACGCAUCUUCCCGCACCAAGGUCACCGCGCCGGCAGCCUGCACGGGACGCACACACACCUUCAUUCUUAAAAGUGAACAAUCAGUGUUGAGGUGGGCCAACGAUGCCGCCCCCAGCCACAAGUCCCCCUGCCGUGCCCCCACCAGACGGCGGUUGGGGGUGGGCUGUGGUGCUCGGAUCUUUCAUUUCUAUAGGCUUCUCGUACGCUUUCCCCAAGGCCAUCACAGUCUUCUUCAAGGACAUCCAGAUCAUCUUCGAUGCCUCCUACAGUCAGAUCGCAUGGAUCUCCUCCAUCAUGCUUGCGGUCAUGUAUGCUGCAGGUCCCAUCAGCAGCAUACUGGUUAACACAUACGGCUGCAGACCCAUUGUUAUGAUGGGGGGCUGCCUCUGUUCCACUGGCAUGAUCUUAGCUUCAUUCUGCAUCAACGUGAUGCAGCUUUAUAUCUGCAUAGGAGUUAUUGGCGGACUUGGAUUAGCCUUCAACCUGCAGCCAGCACUGACUAUGAUAGGCAGAUACUUCAAUAAGAAGCGUCCUAUUGCUAACGGGCUAGCGAUGGCAGGCAGUCCAGUGUUCCUCAGCACCCUUGCUCCUCUCAACCAGUACCUCUUCAACCACUUUGGCUGGAGAGGGAGCUUUUUCAUCCUGGGUGGCCUGCUGCUGAACUGCUGUGUGGCUGGUUCUCUCAUGAGGCCUCUGGGACCUCCACCUGGCAAGGUCAAGAAGGACGAAGAGAUAGCUGCCAUUGCCACCACAACGAAAGAGAAGAACACUGCCUGGCAAAUAGUCAACAAGUACCUGGAUCUGACGCUCUUCAAGCAUCGCGGCUUUCUCAUCUACCUAUUUGGCAAUGUCAUCAUGUUCGUGGGCUUCUUCGCACCUAUUGUUUUCCUUGCAGCCUACGCCAAGGACAUGGGUGUGGAUGAGUACUCGGCUGCCUUCCUGCUCUCAAUCCUGGCUUUUGUCGACAUGUUUGCUAGGCCCUCAAUGGGGUUACUGGCCAACACACCCUGGAUCCGACCCAAGAUCCAGUACUUCUUCAGCUUUGCUGUGCUGUACAAUGGGGUAUGCCACAUCCUCUGCCCGCUGGUGGAAAGUUACACUGGUCUGGUGGUGUAUGCUAUCUUCUUUGGCUUUGCCUUUGGCAUGGUCAGCUCAGUGCUGUUUGAAACACUAAUGGACCUCGUUGGGCCUCAGAGGUUCUCCAGUGCUGUGGGACUCACCACAAUUGUGGAGUGCUGUCCGGUCCUCAUUGGUCCACCACUAGCAGGGAAACUGGUCGAUGUCACGAAGAGCUACAAGAACAUGUAUUUUUGCUGUGGAGCUAUAGUGAUUGUGGCUAGUAUUUGGCUCUUCAUUGGAAACUUCAUUAACUACAGACUCUUGGACCGUGAGCGCAAGCGUGCAGAGAUGUACAAACGGACUGAGACGGAAGAUCCAGACCAAGUCCAGGAUAAGAAAGAGGCUGAUGGGGAGGCCCAGGCCUCCGAGGAACUGGUUGACAAAAGUCAGAAAGAGGAGGAACCUAUGCAGCGGGAAACCAACAUCUAAAUCCUGCCAACAGCUAACCGCCACCUCUAAUGCAGCCUCCCUACGUCCUCAACUAUGAUCAAACUGAGCUCCAAGCCAAGAGUUGCCUCUCUGUGUUCCACCAGGCUCUAUUCUGGGUCCUUUGCACUUCUCUAAAACUAACUGCCAAAGCAACAACUGCAUUGUAGGAGGCUUUGAGGCAUAAUAUCUGUUUGCCGAGGAGCAUCAGCGGUGACUCAACAGAUACAUUAACCAGAGAGAAAUGUGUAAGAUACUGUAUGCAUGUGAAGAGGCUAAAAGUCAGAAAAUGUUUGUGGAAAACAGUGUACUGCUAACUGUAUUAUUUCUUUCUUGCCACGUUCACCUCAUAUCGGAUUUAUUGUAAAUACAGGACUUCAACUGGAGUACAAAUACCUUCAUGGCAGUUACAAUUAGGAUGUGGGAUUAGUGUUUCUGUAGAAACUGCAGAAUUGGAAAAGCAAACGUAGCAACAAAUCCACCAAUGCUGACACAUUAUUAGAGAAUUAGUUGAAUUCACAGUCAGACAAUCAACUCUGCUCAAGAAAAGUAUUAUACGCUAAAGUCUGUUUAUAGUUUGAUUUUAGUAAUUUUAGUAAUCUGUUCCAACAAGUAAAAUGCAUGAAUAUUCCAAGUUGUAUCAACAAGCGCUAUUCUGUUGUUACUCCUGUGUCUUCCGAUAUGAUGUGAAUGCGGCAUCAGUGUGUUGCCACUUUUCCUACAGCACCAGCAAACUGAACCCACAUGUUCAAAAUUAGAUCUGUCUUCUUCACAACACACUGAAGUUUUGGUUGAUGAGGAAAGGUUAAUUUAUUAACAUGAAGCAAUGACAGUAUUUCUUGGUGGUUGGAAAGCCCUUUCUGUGACUGAAAGGUCACUGGUUUGAUUCUAACGUCAGCCAGUGUCCAGUCCUGGUGGCACUGAUCCCUAACUGUGCGUUCACACAACAAGUAACCAAGUAACCUGGUGUACAUGUUGCAUUUUUGGCAGAUUGUGGGCAGGUAGAGGCUCUGAUUGUAUCUACUGAACAGUCAGAUCAGACAAUUGGAGGCACUCAUUUUUUAGUAUAGAAAAUGAACUGAUAAAAUGAUUUCAGAAAUGAUGAUUGGCCUUAAUGAUUGAUAUACCUAUUAUCUAAGCAUCAAUGUUGACAUGUCUGUUCCAGUAGUUUUUCAAAUCAAAGUUGUGGAGAUGUGGGAAGCUUUGAAAGGCUGGAAUCAAUUGCUCCCGUUGUAGGCUGAUGUUCAUGAUAUCAAUCAGUAGUGAACAAAAGAGGAGCUGAAAUCUGACUUAAUGUUGGCAGCCGUUGAGCCUAAAAAGUUUGGCUGAGUUUCCCUAGUUGCUCAGCUCUGUAGGAAGCAAAAACUUCUGAUGACUUGUUGAUUGUGUUGCUCGCCGUGUGAAUGCAGCGUUAGCAACCCAGUGCUCUGGAAAUGGUUGAUCCAUCUGGUGAUAUGUGUCAAGCAAGAACGCAAAAUCCUAAUUGCGUUGUGUUUCAUAUAGCAAUUGGGUGCCCAGAAAUUCCCGCUUCCAUCAAUAAAGAACAGGUGUGUUCACAGCUGGUGAUGCUGGCGCCUGAGUAUUAUGCUGCCCACCUGAGCACUGUAAUAUUGUGUAGUAAGACCUGCACAAAUGUCCCACUUUAAUACUUUCGAUCAAGUCAUAAAAUGCUUCCUAUAAGUCGUCUAUUCUUCCAUAUUGCACUCAUGUAUGCUGCACUAAAACAAAAAAUGGCCAUACUUCACCCCAAACAUCUUUAUAAACCUGCUGCAAUCAAUGAAUUUGAUUAUGGCUGAAUGUAAUUUCCUCUGUGGGCCUUAAUAAGGUAUUAAUGACCAAAAACCAUCUACAUAAUAGUGGUUUUUCUACACAUAAUGCCCAUGAGCAAUAUACUCAUAUUUUAAUGCAGAUAUACAGGGACAUGUUUUUUUUGUGUUCAGUGUAGCAGUCUAUUCUGUACAUUGCCUUAAAUGUAAUGGAUGAAUGCGGGGUAGAUGUACAACGAAUACUUAAUAGUAUUACCGAAGCUGAUAAACCUUUGUAUAAAAUGUGACCCACUUUUUUGCUGUGAUUGACUUUAAAAAGUCUCUGUGUAAUCUGCAUUUUGGGCUCCGUUUGUGUCCUGUAUUGAAAUGUAUGUUAUUGCUAUGAGUUUAAGUAAUCAUGUUCUGUGUAGUCCCUUCAUUAACUAAAUCACUAACAAACAACGUCCAUGCCAGUAUCUUAAAACAGCCGAAGGAAUAUUAAUGAUACUACUAAAUAAUGCUAUUUUGAAUUGUAUUGUGUGCACUCAAAUUUAUUGGAUGAACAUAUCAUGUAACAAUUUAACUGUUUGUUGCUAUAAAUGUCACUAUUACUUGUUCAAUAUUCUAUCCAUUCCAUGUGAUAAUUUGUUAAAUUUUAUCCUGUCGUGCUAUUGAUCAGUUUUCAUCUCGAAACCUGCAGCUUUGGCCUAAAGCCCAAAAGCUGACCAAAUGGUGUCCUGACUCAGAUGUCCUAACAAAGCCAAACACAUUUCAAUACCAAAUUUAAUUUUUCAAAGCAAUCCUGAACAAAAAAAAGCAAUGUUAUUAUCCUUUUUUUUCCUGCUUUGAAUAGUUGAAUGUGUAUUCGGAAUCAUGAAAAUAGAUGUCCAGCUGUGUGACAGUGGCUCUCAACCAUGUCCCACUUUCACCCAAGGCUCAUUACAACCACACAGCACGUUACUGUGAAAUGUUCUCUGGUUUCUGGUGAAAUCAGAGAAAUAAACUGCUGUUUUAUUUGGUUGGGAGAAUCUGUGAGAACUUUGAGUAUUGGUGGAACUUUGUUGAGAGCAGCUGCUAUAUAGUUGACUGUAAAUAAGAUUAUUUUGAAAGAUUUAUGCACUAUUCUGUUUGUAGUUUUACUAAGCUCUUAACUUCUUCUGAUCUUGCUUUUGGUCUGCCCCAACAACAUGAGGACAAACCCAGUUUGUCAUUAUUUUAUUAGAAAUCGUGUGUUGAAGCUUAGAGUUCAUCUGUUAGCUCAUAUAUUCAGACUUAGUUCACCAGCAUUUCAUGCCAAUACUAGACAGUAUUUUUAUAUUGCCAUGUCCGCACCUUCCUUAUAGCUUUAGUUGAAUGACCUUAGAUUCUUUUUGAAUGUUAUCCCGCUUGCACUUGAUGAGUGGAAAGAGGGACUACUUUCGUUCACUGAAAUCAGAUGUCACUAUGCUCACUGUGCAUGAUGAUUCUCAAUGAGGGAAACAGAGUGCUGCACAAUCACUUUCUACCACAUAACACUGCCCCCUGCUGGUUUCAAACCAUUUAGACCAGAAGGUAAAGAAGCUUCCCCUUUCAACAGGAGAACAAUAGUUUUCAUUAUUUAUUAUUUUUGUAUAUUCAAACAAGAUUGCAAUUUGGGUUUGUUUUUUUUCUUUUGUUUUUUGCCAUUUCUAAAUGACUGAUGCAGUUUCAGGUGUUAUCAAUGCUGUUCUCUUUUUUCAGUGGGGGGUUUGUCUCAGGAUAAAUAUACAUUAUCUAUAUUUAUAUAUUAUAGUAUACAAAUAGAAAUAUACAACUAAAGGAAUACCCUUGAGACUUGUUGGAUUUAGAUGUCCCUAACAUCAGCCUCCUAUUAAUCUGCUAAUAGGGAAGCUCCCGCUCAUGGUGGCUCUCUGCUUUCUAUUAGUCAAUUGUUCAGGUUCAAAGAAUGUUGCAUCUGUGUCCAAGUCAAGACAUCAAAAUUUCACACUGUUCUCUUAUAAACUUUCACUAUGCUGUACUGCAAAACAAUGAAAUAUUUGUUCAUAAUGAAGCCAGACAUUUCUGUGUAUUUUGGUUCAAAAUGUGUAUUCUAAGAACAAAGCGAAAUGAGUUAUAACUAAUCCAAAUAGAGAUAAUUGAGAGUGGAUUUGACUUGCACCAAUAGCCUUAUCAAUGAUAUUGCUUAGCAUCUGCUAUAUUUUGUGUUUCUUUUUUAUGUGUGUAACUUUAGAAACAGAAUGGGGGAUUUAUUUUUAAAUUUGCUGAAGACCAAAUUUAGCAGUGAAGUUUAAUUUAAAUGAAUAUUAAAUACUCCCCCCCUCUUGUAUUAUUUCUGUAAGUGCACAUAUCUGUUAUUUUAAAAAGGAAAUGUUAAAAUGUUCACUUUAGGAUUAGGGCUGGCUGAAAAUUGUUUUAUUAUCUACUUUGUAGCUUGAUUUUUCUUUUUCCCCUGAUGUGUGGGAUCGAUAUGCAGAAUGUAAUGUAACUGGAAGAGAUGCAUGUCUGUUUUUAAGGUUUUCCUGAAAAGCACUUAGCAGCUGACAUUCUGAGCUUCUGACUGUGUUUAAAUGAUAGAGAUGACAGCUGAUUGGAGAUUUAAUCAUGAGGCAGAAAUUAUCUGACUGGUUGACUUAAACCUUAAAGGUCAGAGCCAAAAUCACAUUUUACUGGAGUGAAACUCAGUGGAAAAAAUGUGGUGUGAGAAUAAUUUACUAUUAUUUAUAUAACUUCCCCCUCUUCAUUUGAAUUUUAGGUUUUUCACAUACAGAACUCCAUUUUGAAAAACAUGAUUUUUAAAUAAGCAAAUGCAAAUCUCUGCCCACAGAGCCAGUGACAUAAUUUCUGCCUAUAAAGUGUUCCAAUCUUGCAACUUCUUGAACAAGCUUUCAUUUUUUUCCUCACUGAUGUGAUGACACAAUCAGCAUGUGUUGGUGUUGAGAGUGGUUUGCUACUGGAAGGCUGCAGGACUGUCAAUAACAUCUCUAGCUGUUAAGCUAACUGUGCCUUAUUGUGCUAUGAUGACCAUUAGAAACAGCUUGUUGUGAACAUGGUAUUGUGUUGUUCAAAUCAUGAUAUUUAAGUUCCAUUUCUGAUUUUGCCCCUACUGUCUGUGUGCCUGCAAAUCACUGCAGUGUUUCAUUCAUCAAUAAAAAAGCUGUAAGAAUGUGUAGCACCAAAUCUAGUCUAAAUAUCUACAAAUUGUUCAGUCUUUGACAAUAUUUACUGUAUAUUGUGUGUACAGGGCUUUGUACACAUAGUCACGGAUGCAAAAUUUUCUGCAUAUGAACACACUUGAGGACAGUGGUGUUCACAUGUUUGGAUCUCAGUACUGCAGUGUGUUUCAGCAGUGAACUCAGUCCAGUAUGUCCUUCCAGUAGCAGACGCUCUGUGUGCUUUCUCAUCAGAGCAACUUUACAUUAAACAGUUUUUCAGCGUCAGUCUUUCCACUACCUCUGCGGCCAUCAUGUCAGAGUGAGGAAAAAUACCACACGGGUAUAGAAAAAAAUCUGAUUUAUGUUUUUGUAAUUCUAAUAGAAUUAUAUAACCUAUCACAGUAGCUCAAUAAAGUAUAUAUCCAAACAA